UCCUCUUUGUCUAAAUUAGGCUGAUCCAUCCUUAAUAUGUUUUACUGUAAAUAAACUUAAAAAAAGUUUCAACUAUUGCUUUACCCUAAAAUUAUGAGUCAAAAACAAAAGAAAUUUUCUCUGACAUUUGUGCUUAAAAGAGGAGAUGGAAAUGCCCUCAUUUUUUACAAGCAAGACGGACAAAGAUUUGACUGCAGUUCUACAAUUAAAAUGAAAGUACAGACUCCUUACAAAUUCGUAUUAACAUUUCGACCUCCUCUGAAGAUUAAAACUGCGAUUUUAAGAGGCGAAGAACUGACGGUUGUUGAAGAAGAAGUGACUGCAGACUUUUCUAAAUACAGUUUGAACUGGAUCAGUGACAAUAUUCCAGUCACGAAAAAGAAUAGUCGAUCCAAUUUCCCUUUAAUUUUAGAGCUAGAAGACAAUGGCAUUUUGGAACUAUCCCUGCAGUUCAAGUUUUACGGAGCUGAAGAUACAAGCCACUCUGCAUGGGGUAAAUGUCUUCACCAGAUAGAAUAUGACUGUUGCUAUAAAGAAGAAAAUUCUUUCGUUGAAAUAAUCAAAGAGAGUUACAGAUGAAAUUUACUUUAAAAGUAGACUUAAUGUACAAAUGAAUACAAGAUGAAUUCAAGAAGUGAAUAUUUAUAUAGGUUGCUUGUUGCUUUCUCAAAGAAACCUCUUUUGAAUUUUCUUAUAAAAUAUCUCUUCAGGUUCAUUUUCGCAUUAAUGGCGAAUUUCGAUACAAGGAUAGAAUCAGUUUAUAAAAAACAUGGUUUUUGCUUUCAUUAAAAGAAUAGCUGCAGUUCUUAGUGAUAUUUCAAAACUUACGGAAGUUACAUAGAAUAUUUUAUUGCAAAAUAAAUUCAGUUACUUCGGAAAAUAAGAAAAAGACCUAAGAUUACAUUUGUAAUAAAAUAAGAUAAUUAAAUUCCUUGGCUGAAAUGAAAAAAGAUAUGGGUCUUUAAUUAUUCUAUCUCAAAUUCUUCAAUCUUCCUAAUGGAGUCAGCUUAGCUUACUUUACGGCGUUAUCUUUUUAAAAACCUCAAUAAUUAUUCAAUGCAUGGAUUUGGUAAAAGAAAAGUGUAAUACAUGUUAGAUAUAAAGCAUCUUUUUAUGUAUAAGACAACAAAAACCAAGCAAUUUUCUUCAGAAAUAUACUACUAUAAGUGUCAACGUUGCCUAUGGACCAUCAUUAAAUUUAAAAUGUUGUUCUUGACACCUAUAACAAUUUUCUUAUUCUUCAGGUAAAUAUUAUCAAUAAAACGUUUAUUCAGUA